CAAGUUACUUAUAUUCGUUGACUUGACUGUUGGCAACAGUGCAUAGUAAUUAUUUAAAUCCUAAGAAAGAUCACCGGCUGGUUAACUAACGAUGAAAUUUGUGUUUACGAAGUUGUACUGAAGACUUCAUUAAAAAUACUGUUAAAAAAGAAUAACAAUGGAUAGUAUAAUGACCUUAAAGAACAAACAUGUUAAAGUUACAGAUGCGCAGAUGAAAGAAAUGCUACAACAAAAAAUAAUGUCAAUAGAUAAUGUUAAAACUAAACAGGAUCAACACUGUAACGAAGAUGAAAUCAAGAUUCAGGAAUUAAUGUUAAAAAUAACCUCCAUGAAGGAGAACCUCCAAUCCGAGAAACAAAUAUCAGAGUACAAGGAGCAUACCUUGUCAAAGCAUUUAGAUUGCAUAGCAGAAUUAGAAGCUGAAAAGAACAAAUUUUUGGAUGAGAAUCAUUCAUUAGAGUUAGAGAGAAAUAAACUGAAGGCCCGUAAGCGAAAUUUGCGUGACCAAGAACUGUUGGAUCAAGGAAGGAAAAAAUAUAAUUUAUAUAAGGAAUUAACUAGAAUACGAUGGGAUUAUGAAAACCUUACAGAAAAUGCUAAAGGAUAUGUAUCAAAUAAAGUGGAUUAUAUUCAUCACUUUUGUUACAAAAACGAAAUUCAUAAUUUAGUUGACCUUUUAUGGCACGAAAUAAUCCAGUCCACACUACAUGCGGAAAAUAAAGAUUCUGAUAAUAAGGAAAAUGUAAUGCAAACUAAACAGACAUAAUGUAAAAUACGUUUCAUAUUUCUAUGAUGUAUUUUUUUAUAUGGAAAUAAAUAUAUUUUUAUCAAAAAUA